UAAGAUCGAGGACGAGGAAUAUGGCCCAUAUACCAUGGGCACACGGGGCACUCCCCAAGGAGCGGUCUUGUUGCCACUCCUUUUCAACAUUGCCAUGAUGCAGCUUCCACAUCAAUUGGCCCGGGUGGAAGGCAUCCAACACGCACUUUACGCGGAUGACAUAACAAUUUGGACUACCGAAGGGAGCGUUGGGGAAAUGGAGGACCGCCUCCAGCGGGCCGCCUCCAUCGUCGAUAGUUAUGCUAUCCGCUGUGGUCUCCAAUGCGCUCCUGCGAAAUCGGAACUUCUUCACAUUAAAACCAAUCCCAAAGACAACACGAGUUUGCGUCUCUUUCUGAUGGGAGGUCCUAUUAGAGAGGUCGAGGAGAUCCGGAUCCUGGGUCUGUUCAUCCAUCACAGACUCAGCCCGGAAUCCACUAUCGACAAACUCAAACGCAUAGGCGAACAGGUCGGACGUAUGAUCCACCGCGUUUCCAACAAACGCGGCGGGUUGCGGGGCAGGGACGCGCUUCGGCUCGCCCAUGCCUUCGUAACCAGCAGGAUCCUAUACUCCGUACCCUACCUUCGAACUACAAAGAAACACGAUGAACGCAUCGACGCCAUCAUAAGGAAGGUUACAAAGCGAGCUUUGGACCUCCCGGUGGCUACCUGCAACGCUAAGUUGUUGGCUCUAGGUGUGCUUAACUCCUACCAGGAGUUAAAGGAGGCCCACCUCGUGAACCAAUACACGCGACUCUCGCAGACGGUGUCCGGGCGCCACUUGCUAAACCGCUUGCACAUACAACACGAGUGUAUUCCAGAGGAGACAUGCAGGCUUCCGGAGCUCUGGCGUCACAAACUCUGGGUCCCUCCACUCCCGCGCAACAUGGACACGCAGACACAUGAAGGCAGACGAAAGGCGCGCGCUCGGGCUCUCGAACACCAAUAUGGAUUAAAGCAGGGUGUAUACUACGUUGAUGUGGCAGGGCCGUCGCCCACAGGAUUCUACACGGCUGCCGUAGUUCACCAGGACCAACGAGUUAACGGACUUUCCUACCGUGCUUUCAACUCCGCGCAGGCCGAGGAGGUUGCUAUAGCACUUGCCGCCUCGGACCCGAAUUCGAAGGUAAUCAUCACAGAUUCGCGCAGAGCCUGUGAGCACUACCUGGCGGGCGAGGUAUCACCUUUAGCCUACCGCAUUUUACAGCGAGCCGUGAGGGAAUCGGACCCCUCACCCAAACGCAUUAUUUGGACUCCGGGCCACCAGGGCCUUAGAGGUAACGAGGCUGCGGACGCGGCCGCCCGAGCGCUUACCCACCGGGCACCUCAACCAGACCCUUCCGGCUCCGAGAUUAGACAACCGCUUCUGCGGUUCAGGGAAAUUCUGGCAGACUAUUGCGAACGUCAUCGGCUUUUCCCGGUCCCUGCUAAGGGCCUCAGUAAGGCCGAUGAACGAACACUGCGGCGCCUGCAGACAAACACCCUGUUGUGUCCUGCAAUAGCAAAACAUUUUGACCCAAAAGUUGAUGGGCGAUGCCCUCACUGUGGGGAAGUCUCCGAUAACUUUCACAUGGUGUGGGCAUGUCAGAUGAAUCCGUCCCUUCCCCCCAACCCUUCCCCCACUAGAGAGGCAUGGGAGGCAGCCCUACUCAAUUGCUCGGCGCUGGAGUCCCAAAGGGCUCUAGUCCAACGGGCGCGGGUAGCAGCUUCGUCCAGUGGGGUCCCCGACUAA